AAGAGGACAUAGUGACAGCAGAGAAAACACAAGAGAACGCAGUGGCAGUAGAGAGGACACAAAGAGAACAUAGUGACAGUAGAGAGGGCACAAGAGGACACAGUGACGGUGAGAAGAGGCACAGAGAACGCAGUGGCAGUAGAGAGGACACAGAGGACAUAGUGACAGUAGAGAGGACACAAGAGAACAUUGUGGCAGUAGAGAUAACACAAGAGAACGCAGUGGCAGUGAGGACACAAGAGGACACAGUGGCAGUAGAGAGGACACAAGAGGACAUAGAGGCAGUAGAGAGGACAAAACAGAAUACAUUGACAGUAGAGAGAACACAAGAGAACAUAGUGACAGUAGAGAGAACACAAGAGAACGCAGUGGCAGAAGAGAGGACACAAGAGAACGCAGUGGCAGUAGAGAAGACACAAGAGAACGCAGUGACAGUAGAGAGGACACAAGAAGAGGACAUAGUGGCAGUAGAGAGGACACAAGAGAAUGCAGUGACAGUAGAGAGGACACAAGAGGACAUAGUGGCAGUAGAGAGUGGCACACAGAACGCAGUGACAGUAGAGAGGACACAAGAGGACACAGUGACAGUAGAGAGGACACAAGAGGACAUAGUGGCAGUAGAGAUGACACAAGAGAAUACAGUGACAGUAGAGAAAAGACAAGAGAACAUAGUGACAGUAGAGAGAACACAAGAGAACAUUGUGGCAGUAGAGAGAACACAAGAGAACAUAGUGGCAGUAGAGAGGACACAAGAGGACAUAGUGGCAGUAGAGAGGACACAAGAGAAUACAGUGACAGUAGAGAAACGACAAGAGAACAUAGUGGCAGUAGAGAGAACAAAAGAGAACAUUGUGGCAGUAGAGAAAACACAAGAGAACAUAAUGGCAGUAGAGAGGACACAAGAGAACAUAAUGCCAGUAGAGAGGACACAAGAGAACGCAGUGGCAGUAGAGAGAACACAAGAUUUAGCUUUAGCAAAAGAUGAUACAGUAUCUAUGGAAAGCUUGAAUACUUCUUUAUCAGUAGAUCAACUAGACCAAAUACUAAGUGUCCUUGGUGACAUUCCAUGCGAAGAAGUAAUAGUAGAGCUCACAUCUAUCAGUGCAGAAAACAAUAAAUUAGAUUUGAAAGAAUCUGAUGACAGCAGCUCUGAUCAACUUGAUGAGUCAUCUGAUGAGUAUGUCCCCCCAAAGAGAAGUAAAAGAAAACGAAAUAAUUCUGAUUCGUCCUCGUACAGUUCUAGUUCUUCCAGGGAAAGGAAGAGGAAAGUUAAAUCUAGAAAGAAGAAGAAGAGCGGUAUUGAGGCAGACAGAGAUAAACUUGAAGACAACAACAAUAACAGUGUUAAUGAAUCCUCGUCUAGUAUAUCAGGUCAAAUGAAAUCAAGAAGAAGAAAACAAAGAAAUCCAUCUGAAUGGAAACGAAACAGAACCAAAAAUUUACGAAACAAAAAGGAAAAACAUACACAAACAACAGAGGCAUUGUAA